AUGAACAAGUCGCUUGAUGAUUCAUCUACAAAGCAUGAGUCUAGAACCGGUGACAACGUGGCAUUGGCAGAUAUAGCUCUGAGUGCUGCAAUGCCGGGACUAGAGAAAUUCCGCGAGUGUAUUGUCAAAAGCUACGCCUAUGAAUGUCUUGUCAAAGAUCUUCAAAGACGCUGUUUCCACACGCCUCUAGGCCCGGCUACGAUGGCUCACCUCGGUGAUGCAAUACGUCAUCGUCUACCCUCGCCGUCUCGGUCCAGCAGACGAGAGUCAGAUCUACCCUUCAAAAUGACAUAUGCCAUGGAAUGGGACUUGGUUCAAUUCUUGGAGGACCAGGAAUACAUCGAAACAAAUUCGCAAGCCCUCCCAAUGGUAAUCACACUGACAGGCUAUGGGGAAGCAGUUCAGGCACUCACAUGCUCCCAAUAUUUGCAUCAAACGUGGCCAUCGUCAGGGGGAAGCAUUAUCAGGCUGCUUCAAUUACUAUUGGGACCUGAAACAACUAGCAUAGCGAGAGGCACCUUAUCAGACGGCACGAGACUGCUUGCUUGGUUUCAGCCGUCUGAGCCUUCGAAAAACUUCAAGACCAUGUUUGAGGUCAUAGGUUCUGCCAAUUCAGUCGUCGAGGUUGGCGAGCAACUCGCUUGGCUUGGCUCUGCUCUUCGAUCCUCACCGAAUCCCGACCAGCUUGUGUACUGCUGGCAUCAUGUCAAUGAUGUCCAGGUGAUCCAUCAUACACAGCAUACAAAGCCGCUAUAUACCACAGAGUUUAGCGUAGAGCUCCUCUUUGAAGUCUGCCCGGCAGCCGCUUUUAACGGAGCCAACGGAGAUUGUUGGCGCGAUCUCUUCCGCAGCGGCGUCGUUGUAAAGAGCUAUCCAAUACCCAGACGAUCUGAAGCCGAUGCCACAAGUGGCCUUGAGAUCCCUCUUCCAAUGAUGGCCAGCCUGGCACAAGCGAGUUAUGUCAACACAUUCUUGGACCGGCCAAUCAUCAAAGGCUACUCUACUAUGCUUGUUCCGACCGAAGUCCAUGAUGGUGUUGUUAUGUGGCAUUUGCUGCACAACAAAAAUGGCGAUCGCAUAUCAUACCUUGAUAGCACAGUAGUCUCUGUGGAGGGGCUGAUGAUCGGUCAAUUAUCACAGGCACGUCACAUCCUGGGAUGGUGCUCAGAUGCAAAAUAUCUUGCCGGUAUGUAA